AUGAAGGAAACACUCGGUAAUGAUAUUGAUAUCAUGGCGAGCGCUUUAUCCCAAACUCCACCAUUCGAACUUCCUGUGCUAGCCAGCUCGUCAGACGGCUCACCCAAGUCGGGAACGGGGCUUGAGAUGAUAUGGCCAAACUAUCCUCCCGGUAUUCCCAAUCCUGAGCUACUUCGACAUCUUGUCGAGGUCUUUUUCGUAUUCCAUCCCCAUGCAAAACGGGUUGUUCACUAUCCGAGCUUCAUGGCAGCCCUUUCUCUGUCCCCAAGCCACCCCAAGUUCCCCAUCGCCUCUAUCUUACAUGCUAUCUGUGCCGUCGGUGCUUUAUAUACCGCGGCCGUCACAUCUCCGCCCUUACCCGACUUCUCCGCCGAGUCUCCUGACGAAAUCUUCUCCCAACGGCAAAGACUGAGAGAGGGACGGCCAGACUCGUUCGCUGAGCAGCAAGCCAAAUACGCACGAGACACCUCCGAUGAAAUCGAGGCAGUCGGAGACAGACUGCUGGAAGUGAUGCAAGCCCGUACCAUCUUGACUUGGUUCUACUGGUCACAUUCAAGGCUAGCCUCUGAGAAAUAUUAUCUCAUUCUUAUCAACACGGUUGAACUUCACUCCAUCACCCACUCGCAUCGCCCGGCCUCCAUUCUUUCACCCGCUCCCACGGUGAUAGAUGAUGAAACUCGAAGAAAUCUGUUCUGGUUGGCCUAUUGCACAGAGAGGUUACAUGGCUGUAGCAACGGAUGGGCCAUGUCGAUGGACGAUCAAGACGUGUCGCAACUCCUCCCUGUCCGUGGCGACCACUUUGAGAAAGGUGUGCUUGUGACUCCCCAUCAUCGACAAUGGGCGCAGACUCGAGAUGUGAUUGUUGUUCACCCUGAAGACCAAACGGACUCGUUCGUACUAUGGGUCAAAGGAUCGAUGAUAAUAUCUCGAGCCAAAGUGUUCAAUACCCGUUUCCGUUCCAAGUAUCAUUUUGGUGAUACCUCAGUCAUGUCCCCUCAUAGCGAACCCAACAACCCUCACGAGCCCGUGGAUCCAAGAGGGUCCCCCGCUUUUACCGAAAUCGACAACAUUGCCUCCACGUUCCGCUCAUCCUUCCCCGCUCACCUGAGAAAUCCAAUAUCUAAUAACGUAGUUGACCAACAUCUAUAUGUGGCUUGUUUGAUGCCUUUAGUCGCAACUAUUGUACUACACGACCCCCAUGCUGAAGUGCGACGAUCUGGGUGUGUUUCCGCGCUCCGCAUUGUUACCGCUGCCCGGUCUAUCCUCGACCUGGCAUACGAAGUUUGCAGCACGAGUUUUGAUAUCACACUUCUGGACCCAUUCUGCUCGUUCUGCUGGUUCCUUGCUGGGCGAGUUCUAGUUCGGUUCUUACAGGCUGCCCUCGAUGUCAACAACACGGACCAAAUCUCAACGCUACGGGCAGAAUUAGACUUCCUCCAGAAUGCGAUUCUGCGUAUAGGCCAACGUGUUCCAUUAGCGCUUCGAUAUGGUAGGAUGUUGGGCGACCUUGUCACCAAGCGUUGCGGCGAAUCAUCACAAGCGAUUACGUCACCACUCAGCUUCCCGAGAACGCAAGCUGAAGUCGACGAGGCAGAUAUUUGGUUUGAGCAGCCUGGUCGCUCUCUGCACGAGUCACUUGGUCUACAAGCAAACACAAUGAGCUAUAUGACUGUUGGAUAA